AGCGCCCAGAAGCAGCCCCGGGUGGUCCCGCGGGCACACUAUGCAAGAGCCCCCGAGAGGGGCUGAGCCGCACGGUGCCUGCCCGGGUGCGGAGGAGUGGGUGACAAGGGGGUCCCGGUGCAUGGACCCCCUGAGGCCAGCUCCCCAAUGUCGGCUCCGCUGCUGCUCUGGGUCAUCCUCCUUCACUGGGCCACCGGUGGGGGCUUCAUCCGGGGCGGCAGGACGUGGCAGCACUGCACAGACCUGCGCCCGCUGGACAUCCUCUCAGAGGUGGUGCCCGCCGGCGGGCUGGCCCAUGGCAUGAGGGUGUUUCAAGUGCAGGGGGUGCGCGGUUUCCAGCUGGCUGCCUCGCGGCCCCGUGCCCUGUGCUUCCCAGCCUCCCGGCUCUUCAUCCACUGCGACCGCUUCCCCGAGGAGUUCUCCAUCAUCAUCACGCUGAGGGUCCUCAGUGUCCCUGCCAAGAGAAACGAGUAUGUCUUCACGCUGAUGGCGGAGGAGAGCCCCAGCGUGCUGGUGGGGCUGCGUUAUGCCCCCGACAAGCUCCACUUCCUCUUCUGGAGCCAGGAGCGCGCCGGUGGCUGGCAGACCCGCGUCACCUUCCCCAACGUCUCCCUCUCCGACAGCCAGUGGCACACACUCGUCCUGGCUGUCUCCGGCCAGUCCUUCUCCCUGACGGUGGACUGCGGCGUCCCCAAGGAUGUGUUGGUGGAGACACCGUUUCCAGCCUCUCUCUCUGUGAAAAGAGCCAACUUCUACCUGGGCAACAGGAGGAGGAGGAAAGGCGUGUUUACAGGUUUGCUGAGACAGCUUGUCCUGCUGCCAGGAGCCGAUGCCACCCCUCGGAUAUGCACCCCCAUGAACUUUAAAGUAGUGACGCUCUCUGUCCCCAGCGUCCUCCAGGAUCUCCCUGCAAAGCCAGCAAGCAACGAGGUGCUAAAAUACCCGUACGAGACUGACCGGAAGGUGACACUGGGGUCCCGUCCACCCUGCACCAUGCAGGAGAAGGCACAGUUCUGGUUCAAUGCCUCCCGGAGAGGGCUAUACCUCUGCAACGGCAGCGCCUGGAUUUCCAUGCUGGAAGUCAAGCAGAGGUUGGACUAUGUGGAGGAAUAUCAGAACCUGGUGACCAACUCUGAGACAAUGGGUGUUGAGGUCUUCACCAUCCCCAAAGUGGGACUGUUCGCAGCCACUGCCAACCGGUACACCCCGCCGGGAUCGGCCAUCUAUAAGUGGACUGAUGGGAAGUUUGUGCCCUACCAGAACAUCCCCACCUACCAAGCUCAGUCCUGGAAGUACUUCACCAUAGGAAAGAAAAUCUUCCUAGCAGUGGCUAAUUUUGAGCAGAAUGACAGGGGUCAGGAGUUCUCUGUAAUAUACAAGUGGAGCCGCAGGAAAGAGAAAUUCGUCCCGUACCAGAGGAUCACCACGCACAGCGCUAGGGACUGGGAGGCAUUUGUCAUUGAGGGAGAGGCUUUCCUCGCGGUGGUCAACCACAGAGAAGGGAAUAACCACAACAUAGACAGCGUGAUAUACAGGUGGAACCCCAGGACAGGGUUGUUUGAAACCAACCAGACCAUCCCUACCUCUGGAGCCUAUGACUGGGAAUUUUUCACCAUCGGGCCGUAUUCCUUCCUGGCUGUGGCUAACACAUUCAAUGGUACAUCCACUAAGAUCUACUCGCACAUCUACAUCUGGCUCAGUGGCUCUUUCCAGCUCUUCCAGUCUAUCCUGACUUUUGGUGCUGCUGACUGGGAGGUCUUUCAUAUCGGGGACAGAGUCUUCUUGGCUGUUGCAAACAGCCACAGCUAUGACAGCGGGAUGCCAGCACCCUCUAACUUCUACGCCAUCAACUCCUCCAUCUAUGAGCUGAAUGUCACUGCCCAGAUGUUUGUCAAAUUCCAGGACCUCCUCACCUACAGUGCCCUGGACUGGGAGUUCUUCUCGGUGGGAGAUGACUCGUUUCUGGUGGUAGCAAACUCCUUUGAUGGCUUCACCUUCUCUGUUAACAGUAUUAUAUACAGGUGGCAAGGCUAUGAAGGCUUCGUAGCGGCUCACCACCUCCCCACUGUCGGCUGUAGAGACUGGGAGGCAUUUCACACCACUGAGGGCUCCUACCUCCUCUACACCAGUGCCAAGGAGCCACUUUCCAAGGUGCUCAAGCUGAAAACCACCUGAGGUGGCUGAGACAUGCUCAGCUCAUUGCCAGGAUCAGGGCAAGCUGUGCAUCAAGGUGAAGAUGGACCACAGAGCCCGGGAACGGUGCGGGAUCAGCCCUGUGGCUGGCUGGUUGUGCGCCCCACAGGAUGGGAAGGAGGAGGAUGGGAGCUCCAGGCUCCUUGCAGCCUUGUCCAGGGCUGGCAAGGUGGCUGUGACCCUGCUUCGAUGCUGUUUCUCCUGGACAAGCUUUCCUGCCAUGCUCCAGACCUACAUCCUACCCAGGGUGCCUGGUGCCCAGGCGCUUCCUGGGGCUCAAUGGGACCCAGCGCUUGGCACACUCCAGCCAGAAGGGACCCAAGUGCUGUUGGCUGUGGCCAGAGCUCACAGGGAAGAGACUGAGCAGAAUGCUGUGCUGCCCACUUGUGUGCUGAGCGUUGAGCAGACACUUGUGCUGCCAGGGUGGGUGUAUGGCAGGGGGGGAGGAAACGGCGUGUGAGAAAUGGGGGGAAAAUGUUGGCUUUGGGCUUGGCUCUGGCUGCCCAGCGCCUGGGGCUGUGGUGCUGCUGAGGACCCGACUGGUUUGACAUUGCACCCUUUUGUAUGAGGUUAGUGACUCCCGAGCAAACCUGCUGUGCACUGGGACCAACCCAGCUACCAUGGACAUGGGAAAGUCCCAAAACUGCUCCAGGUGAAACUGUGGCCUCUUUUAGUUUUAUCAACUUUUCUGGGGGACUCUUUUGCUUAACCAGAGCUCUAAUAAAUUCUGUGCACCCA